UAUACGGAGUAUACUCCGUAGUAAUACGACGAGUACUGCGUACGAUAGCUUGUUUAGUUUCUGUAGUUUUAGUAGAAGUAUAAACAACUUGAGGGCCAAGGCAACCAAACAUUCCGUCUUUUCUUUUUGCAAAACCUCUCUUAAAACCCAAACAGAUAAAUUCAUCAAAAACUACAGUAAUAACAACAAAUUAAACCAUGUCGUUUGGGAAUGAAGAACAAGUUGAAAGGAAGAAAAGGAGGCAAGAUGCACGUAUUCCAGUUUCAGAAACACUAGCAAAAUGGAGAGAGAAAAUACCGGAUGAUUCAGAGUUUGGAAGAAAGCAGAAUCAGAAGCCAAAGGGUUCGAGAAGGGGUUGUAUGAGAGGAAAAGGCGGUCCAGAGAACUCGAGUUGCAGAUACAGGGGUGUUAGGCAAAGGGUUUGGGGGAAAUGGGUUGCCGAAAUUCGUAAACCGUGUUCUAGAGAGGUAGAAAUCAGUGGCAGUAAAGUAAGACGUCUAUGGCUUGGUACCUUCUCAACUGCUAUUGAAGCUGCUCGGGCUUAUGAUGAGGCUGCUCGGGUUCUCUAUGGGCCUUCUGCCUUUCUCAAUUUUCCUGAUAACGGGUCUGUAUCAACGGGCGGGUCAUCUGUUAAUUCUGUAAUGACAUGUUCACUAGCUGAAUGUGAUGAUGAAGAUGAUCCUAAUUUCUUGGAGGCUGAGGGAACGAAUAUGGCAAAGGAUGCUGCCACAAAGGAAGGUUUUGAUGAUCUGCAAAGGAUGCCUGACAGUUUUGCUGAUGUGAAGAAAGAACAAGAUGAAGCAAUAAGUGCUCGAGAUUGGAAGGAUUUGCUAGUUGAAUCAAUGGAUGGCGUGGCUAUAGAGCACUCAUCAAGUCGUGAUUGUGGUGAUGAUCUCUCUUCACCAGACAUGGUAUAUGGAAGUUGGCAGCAGCAGGACAUAGGUUCUACAGAUUUGGAUGAUGCUACUGGUUUGAUAAACUUUAAUGGAGAUUCUGUUGAUUAUGAAGAUUUUACUGAAUUUAUCAACUUCGACGGAGAUUCUUUUGAUUUUGGAGAUGUUACUGAUUUAAUUUACUUUGAUAGAGAUAUAGACAACCAGAAAUGGUGAAAGCCAUAUUCCCUGACCUCUAGGCUAAUUUGUUACACAGCAUAUUGUUGGUUGCAGUGAUGAAUUGAUUACACUUAUGAAUUAACUAGUACGGAGUAUAAUUAAACUUA